GAGGAGAUUUCUGAUCCUCAUGGCGUCUCAGCAACAGUCCAGAAUCCAGUCGUACCUGGAGAGGAAUCAGAUCGGAGCCCUGUUCGAGGAGCUGAUGACCAAACUGAUCACCGAAACCCCCGACUAUCCGAUUCCCUUCCUGAUCCGACACCUGCAGACGAAGCAGGACGGUCCGGGCCGCCUGCAGAGGACGCUCUCCGGAUCCGCCGCCCUGUGGGCAGAGUCCGACUCCUCAGAAAUCAGAACCGAUCCGCGAGAUCUCAGGAGUUACGACCGAGCCUGGCAGGUCCAGCCCAAAAAACCCAAGAAGUCCAAGAGUGACCUGGCGGUGUGUAACAUCUCGCCACCUUCACCCGAUUCCAAAUCACUGCCCCGCUCGAUAGAGCGCCCCGCCUGGGACUGGAGGAGCGAACCCGAGAGCCGAGACUUCGACGAGCUCAACCACAUCCUGCGGGAGAGCAAGAUACUGGGCAGGGCGCUGGAGAACCUGUCGCGAAGUAUCGCUUUAUCUGACGAGCUGGAUCAGGACCCUCGGCUCUGUACCCCGGCGUCUCGACCCCGUGUGGUGGGCGAGUGGUCCGGGCGGGACGAGGACGAUGCCGACCCGCUUGCCGCCGAGAUGCUUCAGCCUCCGGUACCGAGAGCUAAAAACCAGGACUGGAGCAGCCGGGACACCAGUCCUGCUGGCAGUUUGAAGAUGGAGGUGAGGACAAAAGGACUGAAGCAGCAGCAGCAGCACAGGAAGACGCUCCUGGCCGCCAUGCUGUCUCAGGACUCGUUCGACUCGGUGGUCAGUUCGGCUCCGUCCGUCACAGAGGACGAGAUGGAGGACGAGGACGACGACGCCAUGGAGCUGCUGGAGGACCUGGACGACCUGAGGAUGGAGGGGGUCACCGGCCUGGUCUCGUCCGGCAGUAAGUUCAGCCAGGGGCGCGGCUCCUACUGCCCCGAACCGCAGGCCAAAGUCACGCUCAACAUCUGCUCCAGGUGUGCCAGGCUGCAGGGGGGCAGUCUGACUCCGGCUGGUGCCGAAGAGGGACUGGCGCACCACGUUCCCGAGCAGGCUGUGCCAGAAGUUACCUGUCCGUUGCCCGAAGUGACAGAACCUGUGAUCGCAGCCGAGCUGGAGCUGCACAACGCCUCUCAGGUGUCGGCGCCGCGGUACCCAGCCUGGGCUUCAGACGUGAAGCCGGUGAGGGGUUCGAGUCCCCAGGUCCAGAGACGAGCGCUGCAGCUGGAGGAACUUCUCUUCUCUAAAGAACUGGAGAACAUGGGCCGACACCUCGCCGAGGUGGAGAAGGACUUGGCCAAGCUGGCCGAACAGGGCAAGCUGAGCAGGAGUCCCAUCAGCCCCCACAGCAGCCUGCUCCUGCCCCCUAACGUCAACAGCGGCCUCGGCUCCAGGCCCAACUCCCCGAACAAGAUGCCCGUCCUGCCGCCGAUCGUGAGCCGGACUCGAUCUCCCAGCGACCCCUGCGGCCGGGCGCAGACCCCCGGCAAGGCCGUCACCCCCAACAGCCUGCUGAUGCGCUCCCUGCCCAUCGUUGGCCACGGAAACCCCGAGCGUACCUACAGGCGGUCCAGGAGCCGACCGGUCACCCCUACCGGCCAGAUGACGCGACCUCUGCUGACCCCGCCCGGACUCAGCAGCACAGACAGCUUCAGUCUGCACGGCACCCUGUCUGAGGAUGAGUUUUAUAGGCAGUUGCAGGCCCUCAGACAGCCCUGGUUCGUCCCCAGUGACACAGAGAGCGAGUGUGUUGAUGCUCCUGAGCAGGACAAGUGUAAUCCCGGUGGAACGCGCGAUGCCAAGAAGCGCUCAGUGUUUUCAGGCUUAUAACCAGAAAAGGAGAAUGUGACGAGGACCCGUCUGAUGUUUAUGCAAUCUAAACGAAGCCAGAGACUCUUAUUUUUCUAAUUCCUAUAAAAAUAAAUGUGUUUUUAUUCCACAGAGGUUAAUAAUAUUUCUA